UGGGCCCUCCAGCCCUCUCCACGUCCCAUGGCUCUAUGGCUCACGCGCUGAACUGUGCUCUAGUUAAUAUGCGUGUCUAUGGUCUAUUCCGAGUUGCCCGAGGUGCUCGUGUGGACUUUUCCCGUAAAUUCAACACCACUUCAAAGCAGGCUGUAACGGAACUGUCAGUGGAACUCUGUUGACGACAUGGCUACUCCGGUGCAUGAAAAUGUUCAGAAAUACUACGGCUCUCGCCUAGGAACGUCCGAAGACCUACAAACAAGCGCAUCUUGCGCGUUGCCCUCCCGCCCUAUGUCCAAGAGUGCGUUAGCUGCUCUCAAACUGGUUCACCCAGAAGUGUCCAAAAAGUAUUUUGGCUGUGGAAUGGUGGUCCCAGAAAAGCUGACUGGCUGCAGGAUCCUGGAUCUGGGGAGCGGUUCUGGGCGAGACUGCUACAUCCUCAGCAAGCUGGUGGGAAAGACUGGCCAUGUGAUCGGCCUCGACAUGACCGAGGAGCUGGUCCUGGCAUCCCAGAAAUAUGUCACGUACCACCAGGAAGCGUUCGGGUUCGAGGAGCCCAACACCGUCUUCCUCCAGGGAUACAUGGAGAGGCUGGAGGAAGCCGGGAUACAGAGCAACUCCGUGGAUGUCCUGGUGUCAAACUGUGUGAUCUGCUUAUGUCCGGAUAAGAAGGCUGUCCUAAAAGAGGCCUACAGGGUCCUGAAGGAUGGUGGCGAAUUUUAUUUUAGUGAUAUGUAUGCAAACAAGGUGGUUCCUGAACAUCUAAAAGAAGAUCCAGUACUAUGGGGGGAAGGCAUGGGCGGCUCCCUGUUCUGGCUGGAUCUCAUCGGGCUGGUGCAGGACAUCGGCUUCAGCGCUCCCCGGCUGGUCACCUCCUCCAACAUCCUGGUCCAUAACACGGAGCUUUCGAGGAAAACCGGUGACAUCAAAUACACCUCAGGCACUUACCGCUUCUUCAAACUGCCCAAAGACGCGGAAAUGGUGCCUGCAAUAGUCACGUAUAAGGGAACAGUGCCUGACUACACUGACCAGCUGGACUUCGAUAGCUCACACUCCUUCAAGAGGGGCGUGCCAUUUCCUGUGGACGCCGAGACAGCGGCCAUACUGCGUUCCUCCCGCUACUCCUCUGACUUCUGCAUCCAGGCCUCGGAAAACCAGGAAACACUGCGGAAACCCACACCUCAGCACUGCCACCUCGACCCGUUCCUGCUGGCUGAGAGCCUGGGCUCCUGUGUCAGACACUGCUCCAAGACCCAGAGCCAGGCGGGCUGCGGCACGGCGCCCCCUGGUGGCUGCCAGGGUGCUGCCAGCACAGGCCACUGUGGGAAAUAGGCCUGGCAACCUUGGGUACUGGGCAGGAAUGUUGUGCUUUAUAUGCAUUUGUAGGCAAUGUGAGCACAACGUCUGAAAGUUAGUGAUGCCUGCAGCUGAAUUGUUAGGCCGAAGAACAAGUACGGCAAACAACGUUAGUAACAUGUUUAUCUCUGAUCUCUGCUAGGGGAUUGAUUGUUGAUGUUGCUGUGUGUGUGUAAUGCAUAACACAGCUGGAGUGCUACAAACAUAAUUCCUGCUUUCUUCAGAAUUGUAUUGUCUGUGUUUACAUGCCUGGAGGUAAAUUCAAGCUGAGGUCAAAAAAAAAAAAAAAAAAAAAAGCUUCUAUCUUGUUGUCAUGCAUUCCAUUUCCCUUAAAUUUACAGCUUUUUAAUCAUAAACCAUUAAACAAAACUCUCACAGACAUUUAAUAUAACUUGCAAGUGUCUUUAUUUACACCUUUAAAAAUAACCCCGGCCAGAACACACAGGAGGGCCCCUGCGCUUGGUUUGGAUCAAAUUGUCCUGGUUUCAACUUUUAGUAAAAGAGGUAUGAUACUGUUCAGAGAUGUAGUUCAUAACCAGUAACUAAAAUGUCAAUGUAAAUUUGGUUCUUGUUCUUUGUUUUUAUCUGUUGUUCAUCAUCUGUAUUUGCUUAAUGACUUUUUGCCUUUAUGGUUUCUUUGAAUAUGGGACAAAAAUAAUUGAGAAUGCCAGUUCAUAAAAACAAAUAUCAAUAAUCUAUUAAAUGAAA